UAUGCGGGUGGUGUUUUCUGCCCCGCUUGCCACGCUGUUCGUACGCACACGAGAGCGAAAGUUGACAUAAUCGUCGCCUCUCUGUCAAACUGCCCCACUAUACUUUCUUUUUUGAGGAUCACACGGGAUUAUAUAACCACUCAGACAAACGACAUUGGGUGACCACGUGUUUCUUGUAAAUAAAACGCAUCAUGCACGUCUCAUACACUGUUGUACAGUAUGCGGAGUGACCACAGAGAGCACUCAUGACUGACCAGAACAUCGUCCGAGAGUGGCUUAAAUACCUGGACCUUGAACAGUAUUAUGAAAGUUUUGUGGACAAUGGCUAUGACGAUUUAGAGAUGUGCAAGCAGAUAGGGGAUCCGGAUCUAGAUGCAAUCGGUGUCCAGCAGCCGAAGCACCGGCAGCUGAUCCGGCAAGCAGUCCGGACCCUGCUGGAGAAAGGGGGAACGUCCGUGUACAUUAGCUUGGAGGAGUGCGGCCGGCUUGGGGGAGAGGGUCCCAGAGGGGAUAAGAUGACUCAUGCUUUAUGCCAGGAGACUUCUGAUGAAUCUGGGAGGAAGUCAUCCAUCUCUGCUGACAAGCACUCUUCCUCUACGCACCUCUCAUCAUCACGUGGCAACCGACCGUGA